AUGCCGCGAGCGGCGUACGCACUCACAACCAAGCAGCCCCGUGCGCGUGGCCCUCCUCUCCGCUCCUCCCUCCCUCUCCUGCUCCUCUGCGCUGCUCUCCUUCAUCGCAUUGCCGCCAACGCCGAUUCCUCCGACGCAUCUGUGCAGGCCAUCCACCGCGACGAGUCCGACGACCUGCACGUACCGGAUUCCGUGUCGCCCAGACGGGUGGCGCCGAUCGACCCGGCGGCGUUGGCACCUCUUGGGCCGUGCUCGGCGCAGGGUAGGCGCAUCACAAGCAGAUCCCGAUCGCCGGAGUGCAAGGAAGGCGACUUCGGGACAUCACUCAAUCUUGGGGUGACUGGUGGGGAGGAGGAACGGGAGUGGCGACUGGAGGAUGGGGGCGAGCGGGGGGGAAGGGCGGGGGAGGGAUUUUGCGGGCCAAAUGGGGAGCAGAUCAGCGACAGGCGGUGGCUGGCCAAGAUGCAGAAUGCCGGGGUGCCGCCCUGGGUUGCGUGGGUCAGGUCGGGGGUGGCUUACGGGCUUGGGUUCGUGACGGGGUGCGGCGCUCUGCUGUGGGCGCUGAGGAGGGCCGGCGGGGGGGGGAGGAGGAGGCGGGGGAGGAGAAGGGGUGUGGCGGGCAAGCGGCGGCAGCGCGAGGAGUUGAGUAGUCCUGGGAGGUGGCCCGCGCUGGUGUGCAAGAGGAGGCACCGAGAGGGGGGGGCGAACGGCGAGAAGAGAGCGCAGGGGCCGGCGCCGCUCGACCGGGGGAUCGCGGCGGGCGACUACGACUCGUGGGAAUUGAUCGACGACGCCGGCCGCGCCUCGUCGGGGCAGGGCUGCCGGCUGCAGCCCUCACGGAAGCAUCUGAAGGACGGCCAGGAGCGUGAUUGGGCCCCCGUGGGCGGCGCCGACGAGAGUGGGGCCGAAAUCGGCGGGUGGUGCACGGAGAGCGGGAAGGGUGGGCUGUUCUGUGAGGAAACGGGACCUUCCUGCGGUGCGCAGUCCAACGACGGUUUCGAGGGCAGGCACCCUGUCUGGGCGGUGCCAGGCGCCCCCAACGGCAGCUACCCCGCCUUCCUCUCCAACUCCGAGGCUUCGGUGCCCCCCUUUGGGUCCGCCAAGUUGAUUUUCCCAGCCAACGAGGCGCGGUCGAACGCAGCCCGGUGCUUUGCGUUCCAAGCCGGUCCCGAGGCGCAAGGGGGAAGGCAAGCGGGGCGCAGGAGGGCGGGGGGGCGCAGGGUUGCGUCGCCGGCCCUGAUGGGUCCCAGCGGUGGGCGAGCCGCGGCGCGGGAAUCUGUGGCGGCGGGAUCGGCCGCCUUUUCGAGUGUGCUGGAGGCGCCGGGCCUUGAGCUGAGCGGGGGGCUUUGGAGCUCGGAGAGCGGGGGCUCGGGCGGCAGGGCGCUGAGGCCGUCCGAGGCGUCGCAGGGCAGCUCCGUGUCCCUGCAGGAGCUGCAGGCGAUGCAAGAGACAAUCGACAGGCUGACGGAGGUCAUGGAGACGAUGGUCCGCCCGCUGACGGCCCUGGCAUGGUGUGGCAACCAGCUGGCCCUGCACACACAGUGGAUUGUACCUCAAGUGCAGUCCAUGGCUUCUGUUGCAGCCUGGUUUGCGGCCAAAGAGAAUGAAAAGGAGGAGUGGCUUGGCCUUGUGGACUAUCUCGCUUGGGGCACCAUGGUGAUGAACUUGGCACUGCUGGUGUGUGCUGUGUGCUUCGGACGGUGGCACGACGUCCUGGACUGCUCUGUCCACUGGCGAUGGUAUCAGAUGGGCAACAGCGCACGCCAGGUGCUGUGGUGCUAUAUUAAGGAGCCAGGUCUUUUUGUUCUUGGUGGCUGGGGACUCUUCAAAGGGUGGAGGGCUCUGUCCAGGUGCCUGCUCAGCCGCUCACGCCCGCUGGCGAUGCCACUGCUGUUCACAUCCCUGGCCCUGUGUGGCGCUGUGGUCAGCGCGUUGGUGUCCUUCCUGGGCGGUUCGUGGACUGUGGCAGCAGUUCUAUGGGGCGUGUACUGCACAUUGAGCACUGCUGGCUUGAGGAGGGCCCGCGCACAAAUGCAUCGCAGCAAGGCGGCCUCAUCGCACAGCACCUCACCUGCAGGAGGCCCUCGGGGGCGGACUGGCGUGCUGGGGAGCCUGCUGGAUGGCGUCCUGUUCCCCUUGACGAUGUCCUUUCUGCUGCCCUUGGUGAUGGGCAUAUUGCCAUUUUGGGACAAGGGGGUGUUGGAUGCGCUGCAAGGCUGGUUGGGCGCCCGACGUUGGGAGUACUGGUGA